AUGCUCUUCACCCAGCCAUCCUAUAAUGCUUCAAUCUUUGAGAAUUCAGCAGUAAGAACCUAUAUCACAAGUGAGGUCAGAAUGGGAAUCACGCUUGUGUCAUCCUGGCCUUUAAACUUGAAAUAUUCCAUUGAGUCUGGGGACAGCGACGGCAUCUUUCAAGCUGAGGAGUUUGUAAUGGGAGAUUUUUGUUUCCUACGUAUAAGCACUAAUGGAGGCAGUGGUGCCACGUUGAACCGGGAGGUUCAGGACAAUUACACUCUGACAGUCAAGGCGUCUGCUCACAGCGGCCAGGAGGCAUUAGCCACUAUAUUUAUCAAGGUCUUGGAUACAAACGACCUCCGACCACUGUUUUCUCCAACCUUCUAUUCAUUUGUUGUCUCUGAAAGUGCACCCCUGGGCACCAGCAUCGGACGUGUAACAGCCACAGAUGCUGACAUUGGCUCAAACGGGGAGUUCUACUACUUCUUCAAGAACAGAAUAGAGCUAUUUGCUGUUCAUCCAACUAGUGGGGUUAUAACUCUCACAGGUCGACCCAGGAUAGACAAGAAAGAAAGAUUUGAGCUUGAGGUGCAGGUGGUUGACCGAGGCAUGAAACUAUAUGGGAAUAAUGGCGUCAGCAGCACUGCUCGACUGGUCUUAACUGUGGAUAGGGUUAAUGAAUUUGCUCCUGUCCUUAGUGCAGUAGCAGUUGUCCCAUCUGUUACGGACAAGGAUCUUAUUUAUGCCAUUUUGACUGUGGAAGAUAAAGAUGAGGGGUUAUCAGGGGACAUAGAGUGGGUUUCUAUUAUCGAAGGAGACCCUUUCGAACAGUUUGUCAUUGAGAGAUCACCUUAUGGGAACAAAUAUAGGGUUAAAUCAUCAGAACUGAUCUACUGGGAAACAUAUCCCUAUGGCUGCAACUUGACAUUCCAGGCCAAAGACAGAGGCCUACCUCCAAAAUAUUCAAAUACCCAAGUUGUUCAGUUGGUGGUUACAAGGCAAGAACCCAUAUUGGCAAACUUUGAGAAAGACAUUUAUGCAGUCAAGGUUAGUGAAAUCGCUCCCCCAGGAACUAUUGUAGAGGUGGUGAAAAUAUCCCCAGCACCCACAAAUGUCAACUACAGUUUUAGCAGCCUCUCGGAUCCUAUGUACUUUGAGAUAAACCCUUUGAAUGGGGUUAUUAUGACCAUAAGGCAGCUGACAAAGCUAUCCUGGGAUUUCAUUGAGUUGGAGGUAAUUGAUUAUAUCAGUCAGCAACAAGCAAAGGUUCAAAUUAUCAUAGAGGACGCGAAUGAUAACUCUCCAGUGUUCAGCCAGCCAUCCUAUGAUAUUGCAAUUAAUGAGAGCUUACCUAUAGGGACUGUUGUUCUUGUGGUGUCCGCUGUGGACAGUGAUAAAAGAGAAAAUGGAUAUGUAACUCACACAAUCAAUGGUGAGGAGUCUCUUCCAUUUAGUAUAGAUGAGGAUACCGGGGAGCUGAGGAUCACUAGAGAUCUGGACUAUGAAUCUUCAGAGGAUGUAUAUAUUUUUGCAGUACGAGCCUCUGACUGGGGUUCACCCUAUAGAAGAGAAACAGAGGUUAAUGUCACCAUUCGGGUGUUAAACAUUAAUGAUAAUAAGCCUGCUUUUGAGAAGAUUUCUUGCAGAGGGAUGAUUAGUCGUGAUUUUCCUGUUAACCAGACCAUCGUCACUUUGUCGGCUAUAGAUAUUGAUGAGGUCGGAAUGGUGCGGUACAAGAUAUUGUCUGGGAAUGAGUUAGACAAUUUUGAAUUGAAUCCUGACUCAGGGGCUUUAACACUGAAAAGAUCAUUUGUCUCAGACAGCUUGAAAAAUCCUACAUUUAACCUGAGAGUGGCUGCAACAGAUGGAGAGAUAUUAUCUGAUCCCACAUUCGUGAAUAUAUCAGUUGUGAGAGGUAGGAUGCCACCGGGGGGGUUCACCUGCAAGGAGACCAGGGUAGCUCAGUUUCUUGCAGAGAAGAUGGUCUCCAAAGCAUCUGCAAUGGCCAAACCAAGAUCGGAUGAAAUGUAUAUAGAUCUUUUCUCUACAAACAAACAAGCUCCACAGUUUGAAGCUUUGCCUACAAGCAUUCUUGUGAGAGAGGAUCUGAGUCCUGGCUCCAGUGUUUUUCUUGUACGAGCACGAGAUGGUGACAUCGGGUUUAAUGGCCGCGUUCUUUAUUCCAUUUAUGAUGGCAACAAAGAAAACAGCUUCAAUAUCAACAUGGAGAAUGGCCUGAUUACUGUUUUGCAACCGCUUGAUCGUGAGCGGAUAGAUCGCUAUUUCCUAAAUAUUACCAUCUAUGAUCAGGGAAUUCCUCAAAUGUCUAACUGGAGACUGCUGACUGUGAUCAUUGAGGAUGCAAAUGACAAUACUCCCCAAUUUUAUCAGGACAACUACUCUGCUGUUGUUGCAGAAAACUCAGACCUCGGCAUGGAAGUAAUUGCAAUGACUGCUUUUGACAGAGAUAUAGGCCAAAAUGGUCUAUUCUCCUUCAGAAUGCUGACAAAUGUUCCCCAAUUUGGCAUUGACAGUGAAACUGGAAGUGUAUUUGUUGCAAGUCAGCUGGACAGAGAAGCACAAUCUAUGUUCAUACUGAAGAUUGAAGUAAGAGACAAGGCUGAAAGAGGCACUAGAAGGUCAUCAGUGACUACUCUAAACAUAAUAGUGGAGGACAUCAAUGAUUGCUCUCCAGCUUUCAUCCCCAGCAGCUAUAGUGCCCGGGUACCAGAGGACCUGCCCUUAGGGGCUGUGAUUACCUGGGUGCAGGCUCAGGACCCAGAUGUUGGAUCUGGUGGACAAGUGCGAUAUUCCUUGAUCAAUGACUUCAAUGGCACUUUUGAGAUCAAUGCUGUGACUGGUAUUCUGAGAAUUGGCAAGGAGCUGGACUUUGAGACAAAGCAGUUCUUUAACCUGACUGUUCUUGCGGAAGACAGAGGAAUAUCAAGCCUUCAAAGCAUCACAUUUGUGGAGGUUGAGGUGAUGGACGUCAAUGAAAAUUUGUAUGCUCCCUACUUCUCCGACUUUGCUGUGAAAGGUUCAGUGAAGGAGAACUCUCGCACAGGAACAAGUGUCCUGACUGUCAGAGCUAAAGAUGAUGACAGGGGACGGGAUGGCGUGUUGAGAUACUCUGUCCAAGGAGGCAGUGGACUGGGCACUUUCACCAUCGAUGAAGACACAGGGGUGAUUUAUACUGCUGGCACCUUGGAUUGUGAGACCAAAAACUCCUACUGGCUCACAGUGUAUGCCACAGAUAGAGGGGCUGCACCCAUGUCUGCUUCAGUUGAAGUCUUCAUUCAGGUUGAAGAUGUCAAUGACAAUGCUCCACUCACCUCAGACCCUAUCUACCACCCAGUCAUCAAGGAGAACUCUCCCAAGGAUGUAUCAGUCAUUCGUAUUCAAGCACAGGACCCUGACCUUACAGCCGCACCCACCCGCCUGAGUUACCGCAUCUCUGCUGGGAACCCACAGAACUUCUUCUCUAUUAACCCCAAAACAGGUCUGAUAACAACCACUGCGAGGAAACUGGACAGAGAACAUCAAGCAGAGCACUUUUUAGAGGUCACUGUAAUCGACGGUCCAGUGACGACCCGUCAGUCAACUGUUUGGGUCAUAGUCCACGUCGAGGACGAGAACGACAACUCGCCCACCUUUCCAGAGGUCACUUAUCGCAUCAGUUUGCCCGAACGGGACCGAAACAAACGAGGGGAACCUGUCUAUCGUGUCUUUGCCUACGACCGUGACACGGGAGCGAAUGGGAACAUCACAUACAGCAUUAUUGAUGGUAAUGGGGAUGAGAAGUUCAGCAUUGACCCCAGGACUGGUAUGGUGUCUUCAAAGAAGAUGGUCACAGCAGACAGCUAUGACAUCCUCACCAUAAAGGCAGAGGACAGCGGUAUUCCACCAUUAUGGUCUACUGUAAAACUCCAUAUUGAAUGGAUUCGCAAACCCGUCCCUUCACCUGUGCCCCUGCUCUUCACCCAGAGAUCUUACAAUUUCUCAAUUGCAGAGACAACUGCAGUUGCUCAGCCGGUAGGAGUGGUGGCUAUCAGCCAGUCUACCACACCCGUCUGGUUUGGUAUCACUGGCGGUCGACUUGCCAGAGAAGUUUUCUACAUUCCACAGAAUGAAUGUGGAAGAAACUGCUCUCUUGACACAGGAAGCUUUGAUAUGCAGUUUGACCUCCAAGUUGGGGUGGGGACCCUUGUCGUGGCUAAGCCCCUGGAUGCAGAAGUUCAGUCAGUGUACAACAUGACGGUACAGGUGACUGAUGGGACCAACAUUGCCACCACUCAGGUAUUCAUACGCAUACAAGAUAGCAACGACAACCCUCCGGUCUUCUCACAGCCGGCGUAUGACGUUAGUGUGUCUGAGGAUGCACCAUCUGACUUUGAAUUGCUUCGACUCAGAGCUUCAGACAUGGAUGAGCGUGCCCGUUUGAGCUUUUCCAUCUAUGGAAGUGUUGAUCCUGCAAGUAUGAGACUGUUCAGGGUCAAUCCUGGCACAGGGGUCGUUUACACUGCAGACAGACUGGACUAUGAGGCAAGAACUCAGCACAUCCUCACAGUUAUGGUUAAGGAUCAGGAAUUUCCAUUUAACCGUGACCUGGCUCGCAUCCUUGUUGCAGUGGAAGACACUAAUGAUAAUGUCCCCUACUUUACUAGUUCUGUAUACGAUGCUACAGCCUAUGAGACUUUUCCUGUAGGUACCUCUGUGGUACAGGUGACAGCACUAGAUAAAGACAAUGGAAUUAAUGGCCAACUCACAUAUACUGUUGAAGCAGGUAACACAGGGGGUGUGUUUGCGGUAAAUAAUACCACAGGCCUUAUCAUCAUUGCAAAGGAGCUGGAUCUCACCUCUGUGGGUUUCUACACUCUCACUGUGCGGGCUACAGACAGUGGCUUUCCUACUUUAAUGGCAACCGCUUCAGUCCGGAUUUCCCUGAUACUCUCUGACUUCUCCAAACCAAAAUUCUCUCAAAUGGAGUAUCAGGCUGAGAUAAUGGAGAACAGCAAAGUAGGAACAUACGUGACCACCGUCACGGCUAUCAGUCGCUCACCAGUCGUUUAUGACAUCAUCAGAGGCAAUGAGGAGCGCUGCUUCUUUAUUAACUCUCACACUGGUGUGAUUACAACUCGAAAACAGCUCGACUUUGAGCAAAUGACAUCCUUCUUUCUGAUGGUGCGAGCCCUGAGUAUGGCAGGAGUUGAGGCCAGCACCAGUGUUAUCAUCCAGGUGGUGGAUGUUAACGAUUGUCCACCUAUAUUUCAGAAAAUCAGGUAUAUAGGUAGAGUCAGUGAAGCUGCUCCAGUCAACAGUGUAGUCUUGGGAGAGGACGGCAACCCUUUGGUUAUCCAGGCCACAGAUAAAGAUCGCAAUCACAAUGCCCUGUUAAUGUUUCAAAUCAUAGAGGAGACCGCUCGUAUGUUUUUCAGUGUUGACUCAGGGACAGGAUCAAUUCGAACCAUUGCAAGUUUGGACUACGAGACCUUUCCAGAGUUCAACUUUAGGGUUCAUGUACAAGACAAUGGUCAACCUUCUAGGAGUGCAGAGAGUCCUGCAGAGGUGACUAUAAAGGUUAUGAACAUCAAUGAUUCACCUCCUAAGUUUACUCAAGACAUUUAUGAGACAGUCCUUCUGCUCCCGACAUAUGUGGGAGUUGAAGUCCUCCAGGUUGAGGCUGUUGACCCUGAUAUAACUGCUGAACAAGAAGAAUCUCUCACACCAAAUCUAGCCUAUUCGCUGGUGGACAACAGUAUGGAAUACUUUACUGUGCAGCGCUUUACUGGAGUUUUGACAGUCACCAACCCAAACCUCAGCAAAGAUCGAUAUCGGUUCAGUGUAAAGGUCUGGGACGGACGUUUUUCCAGCAUGGCAUCCAUCACUGUGCUUGUGAGAGAAGCUGUUGACAGCGGCCUUCUCUUUACCCGCCCCAUAUAUCUGGCCUCCAUCCCAGAGAACAAGCCAAAUAUCACAUUAGUGACUGUUGUAAACACUGUUGGCCAUCGCCUGAACGAGCCACUGAAGUACACACUGUUAAACCCUGGAGGAAGGUUCACCAUUCGGCCUACCUGUGGAGUGGUGCUCACCACCAGUGUACCUUUUGAUCGUGAAGAAAUGGAAAGCUAUGAGCUGGUGGUGGAAGUCAGCAGAGAAGAUGAAAUUCUAAGAGUGGCAAGGGUGACUGUACAAGUACAGGUGGAAGAUAUAAACGACAAUGCUCCAGAGUUUGUGAACCUCCCCUACUAUGCUGCAGUGCAGGUGGAAGCAGAGCCAGGAUCAUCCAUCUUCAGGGUCUCUGCUGUUGAUCAAGACUUUGAUCAGAAUGGAGAAGUAACUUACAGCAUGAAGACUCUGCACAGGAACUUUGAGGUGAAUUCUCUGACAGGGGAACUGGUCUUAAAAAGAGCUUUUGAAGCAGACCUAUCUAAUGCAGAGUACAGGUUGAUUAUCAUUGCAACUGAUGGUGGAUUCCCUCGACUCUCCAGUGAGGUGGAGCUGCCUGUAACAGUUGUAAAUAAAGCCAUGCCAGUGUUUGACAAGCCGUUCUAUGGUGUCACAGUCAGAGAGGAUGUAGAAGUUUCCACCUCUGUUCUUGGUAUUAAUGCCAGCAGUCCAGAGGGCCAGGAUAUUAUCUUCACCAUCACAGAUGGAGACCCUUCCUUUCAAUUUGACAUUGGCUUCGAUACAGGAAUCAUCAGUGUGAGAUAUCAGUUGGAUUAUGAGACCACGCAGUACUACCGCCUAACAGUGAAAGCUACUGACACCUUGACCGGAGCAAAGUCUGAGGUGGAUGUAGACAUCAUUGUGUUAGAUGUGAACGACAACCCCCCACUCUUUCAGAACAACUCCUAUGCUGCUGUCCUGUCUGAGAACUCAAUGAUAGGAACAUCUGUGCUACAGGUCUUUGCGCCAGACCAGGACUCGGAGAAAAACGCUGUAGUAACUUACCAGAUCCUGUCUGACAUCUACAACAGCACCGACUACUUCCAAAUUGACAGCAGCCGGGGCUUGGUAUUCACAUCACGCAUGCUUGACUAUGAGCUCAUGCAGCGCCACAACUUCAUUGUCAGAGCGACAGACAGUGGAGAUCCUGCCCUCAGUACUGAUGUUAGUGUCACUGUGGUUGUAACUGACACAAACGACAACCCCCCUAAUUUCAGCCAAGCGCUAUACGAGGCUUUUGUCAGCGAUCUGGCGCCCAGAGGGCACUUUGUGACUUGCCUUCAGGCGUCAGAUGCCGACAUAUGUGAUGCUCAAAGGCUGAGGUAUACUAUUCUCUCAGGGAAUGAGAAAAUGACUUUCAUGAUGGAGCCAGAUACAGGGGUUCUUCGUCUCUCUAACAAGAGGAGACAAGGCAUGAAACUCUUCUAUCAACUCAAUGUGUCGGUGUCAGAUGGAGUCUUCACCAACACUGCUCAGGUAACUGUACGUGUUCUGGGAGCCAAUCUGUACAGCCCUGUAUUCAGCCAGAGGUUUUACCUGGCUGAAGUUCUAGAAAAUUCACCUCCUGGAACUAAAGUCAUCCAAGUUUUAGCAACAGAUGAGGACUCUGGAUUGAAUGGUCAGAUCACCUACUCGUUCAUUAAUGACCUGGGGAAAACAAAGUUCAACAUUGAUGCAGACGGGGUCAUAUCCACUCUUCAGAGGUUAGACCGAGAAAAUCCUAUGAACAAAGACAUGGUGCUGACCGUAAUGGCGUUAGAUGGGGGAGGCCGUGCAUCAUUUUGCACUGUCCGAGUGGUCCUUGCAGAUGAAAAUGACAACGCCCCACAGUUCAGAGCCAUCGAAUACCGUUUGAGCAUUAAAGCUAAUGUUGCCAAAGGUUCUCUUGUCACACAGAUUCAGGCCACAGACCCUGAUGCUGGUUCUAAUGGAAGGAUAACUUACUCCCUUUACAGUGAGGCCCGUCUGUCACUGGUCGAUGUUCUGGAGGUGGAGCCAGAUAGUGGUUGGAUGAUGACUAAGAGUGCUGUUGACCACCUUCAAGGGACUGUUCUGUCCUUCUUUGUCAAAGCAACAGACUGCGGGUCUGCUCCAAAGCACUCCUUGGUGUCGGCCUUCAUUCAAGUUGUCCCUCCAGAUUCUUUCAUUCCCUCAUUUAGCCAGCCUCAGUAUUCCUUCACCAUCCCUGAAAACACCCCAGUAGGCACAGUGUUGGGCUCUGUGUACUUGGGCCCUGGUCAGACAGGGCUCUUCACUGCUGUCCCUGGAGAGACAAUCGACAGUAACCAGGAGGAAUCCUUCCUAGUGGAGAAGGAGACGGGUCUUAUUCGCCUGGUAAAGCCAUUAGACUACGAAGAAUUCAGCAGCUUCAGGUUUAAGGUUGCAACAACAGCAAGAAAAGACUUGAUAGAGACCAUGUCAACUGUGGACGUGGAAGUUAAGAUUCUAGAUGUGAAUGACAACAAGCCACAGUUUGAAACUAAGACAUAUGUAGCAACAGUGAUGGAAGGAGUCCCAUCAGGGACAAGAGUGAUUCAAGUGCGUGCUUUUGAUCCAGACUGGGGGUCCAAUGGACAGGUGACCUACAGCCUUGGUCUACUCCUCACCUACAAUCCAGACCUUAUGAAGGAGGCUCUGUCCCUCUCUGGCCCAAUCACCGCUUCUUCUGUUUAUGCCAUUGAUAGUAAAACUGGCUGGAUAACCACUUUAGCCCAGAUAGAUCACGAGGCCUGCUCAAGUUAUAGUUUCGAAGUUGUAGCCUCCGAUCUUGCCGAGUCACAGCCUCUGUCCUCCACUACGGUGGUAACAGUCACCGUGUCAGAUGUUAAUGACAACCCACCGAGGUUCGAGAGAGAGUUCUACAGAGGUGCUGUGAAGGAGAGUGAUCCACUUGGUGAAGUUGUAGCUGUUCUGAGAACAAAAGACACAGAUGGCUCGGAUCAAAACCGUCUUGUCAGCUUUUACAUCACAGGGGGAAAUCAACGAGGAGUGUUUGGCCUCACUCUUGUGCAGGGGGAGUGGAAGGUUUAUGUCAGUGGUCUGCUGGAUCGUGAGCAGCAGGACUGGUAUCUGCUCAACAUCACAGCCACUGAUGGUCUGUACGUUGCACAUACAGCAGUGGAGGUAACUGUGAUGGAUGCCAACGACAACAGUCCCAUCUGUAACCAGGCUGUUUAUAGCGCCUCUUUUCCUGAGGACAUUCAAAUUAACAAGGGUAUUCUGACGGUCGGUGCAACAGAUGCUGACUCAGGUUCCAGUGCUGAGAUCCAGUUUUCACUGUUUGGCAUUGGAGUGGAGGAUUUCUAUAUGGAUGCCAACACGGGUGAGUUGCGUACUGCCACCGUGAUGGACAGAGAAACAACAUCCUCCUACAAGCUCAUUGCUCAGGCUACUGAUGGGGGAGGGCUGUUCUGUCGAUCUGACAUUUCUCUCAAAGUGUUGGACGUGAAUGACAAUGCUCCCUCAUUCUCGACAACUCAUUACCUGGCGAGCAUUUAUGAGAAUGCCUCCCCCAAAGCCUUACUUACUCGCCUGCAAGCCAGUGACCCUGAUGAAGGUCUGAACCGUACCAUUGUCUAUUCCCUGGUGGAUUCCUUUGAUGGGAUAUUUUCCAUCGAUCCACUUACUGGAAUAGUGAUGCUGGAGAAAAUCCUGGACAGAGAGAGUCGAGACUCCUAUCGUGUUCGCGUUCAGGCUACCGAUCGGGCUGGGCAGCUGGGAGCGCUGUCCUCACAGGUGAAUUUUAAACAUAACCAAAGUGCAAUUUCAGUUGCAGAUGACUUGGACUUUGAGGUAUGCAAGGAUUACUACAUCACUGUCGAGGCCUGGGACAAUGGGAACCCUCCUCUUAGCACUGCCACAAUGAUUGUCAUCGAACUAAUGGAUGUCAAUGACAAUGCUCCUAUGUUUGAUCAGGACAUCUAUAAUGUUCUGAUUAGUGAGGAUGCAUCUAUUGGGCAGACAGUUACAAGGGUGUUUGCAGAAGAUCUGGACAGCCAAGUCAAUGGACGAAUUACCUACUCAAUUCUGAAAGGUGAUCGAACCAACCACUUCUGGAUUGAUCCUGUGACAGGAUUACUUAAAGUCAAUAAGAGACUUGACAGAGAACUAGUAUCCAAGUACACUUUAUCUGUGCAGGCAUUUGACAGUGGCUCCCCUGCUAUGUCCUCCACCGUCACUGUUAACAUUGACAUCUCUGAUGUAAACGACAACCCCCCUAUCUUCACUCCCCCCAACUCCACAGCUGUAAUACAGCUCAACCAGGCUGCAGGCACCACCCUGCUGACGCUGUCAGUCAGUGACAAAGACUCCCCGAGAAAUGGUGCUCCCUUUGUGUUUCGCAUAGUGGCAGGAAAUGAAGGUAGUUUCUUCCGUUUGGAGCAGACUGGAUCUCUCAAGUCCAACCGUGUGUUUGGUCCUGAAGCACCCAGAGAAUUCAUACUUGAAAUACAGGCAAGUGACUCAGGUAAGCCGAGUCUUACCUCUUCUUCCUGGGUUUUUCUGAGAGUCAUCGGCAACAGUCAAUACAAGCCCAUUGUCUCCCCUCUGGAGAUAUACAUCAUCAUGUCAACGGAUACUUUUCCUGGUGGUCCAGUCGGCCGGAUUUAUGCCACCGACCGUGACCCCAAUGAUGUCCUUUCAUUUACCCAUAAGCCUCAGCCAAAGGCCAUGUUCAAGAUCAACAGACAAGAUGGCAGUGUAGUUGCUCUGCCAGGCUUGGAACCCGGGAGGUACCAGAUGAACGCAACAGUGAGUGAUGGACGUUUUGCUGUCAUAGCUGACGUGUCAGUACAGGUUGAACAGGUGACAGAUGUUUUGCUGCGCAGCGCACUCACAUUUCGUUUUAACUCCAUCUCAUGGGAGGAAUUACUUGGACGGUACCUUAACCAGAUUAAAGUAACUUUACGGGCUAUAGCCGGAUGGAAAUGGUUGCCAGGGCAGCAGGAUCCUCUUCACAUACUUGGUGUGCAGCCUGUGACAGGGACAUCUGACAUCAAUCUGGUUCUAGCAGUGGAGAGGCCUGAGACGUUAGGCAGUGGACGGAUGGAGGGGUUCUACUCCCGGCAGGAGCUGGCAGCAAAGCUGGAGGAGGCAGCAGCUCGGGGUCAGAUUCGAGGCUCCCUGGCUGGAGCAGUUUUGGUAGACAGCACCUGUUCUGGGAAACUGGAUUGUGGGGAUCGGGUGUGUAAAAGCAUACUAGUGAUGGAGGGUGGUUUGCCUGUUACUUACAACACGGAGAGGAUCAGCUUGGUGAUGCCGAGGUUCGGACGCACAGAGACCUGCACUUGUCAAGGAGGGACGUGUCCAUCCCCUGUGGAACUUUGUGAAGGUCAGUCCUGUCCAGCCGACAUGCAGUGUGUUCUUUCUGGUCCAACAACGCCAUCUGUCUGCCAGUGUCAGCCUGACAGAUUGGAUGAGUGUGCAGGUCCGACAUCUCUGAGUUUCUCUGGAAACAGCUACAUCAAGUACAGAGUGACAGAAAGGGUGCAGAGUGGAGAGAUGAGACUUGGCCUCAGGGUUAGAACACUCCAAAGAAGAGGAGUUAUUAUGUUCACUCGUGUUAACCCUUGCACCAUGUUAAAGAUUGAAGGGGGUCGACUGUGGUUCCAGUUGGACUGUGACAACACUCUUGGAAUUAUGGGUAUCUCAGACAGACCAAUAAAUGAUGGUCUCUGGCAUUCAGUCGCUCUAGAGCUCACCAGAAACUACACCCUUUUGUCGGUGGACAACAGUUACGUGGAACGUCGCAGAGCAGCACAGGCCCCUGUCCGUCUCUGGCCAAUAGCCCCUGAUUCAUUGCUUUUCUUUGGGGCACAAGUGAGACUGCUGAACAGGCCAGUUGAAAGGCCUGUCUUUGGGCCUGAGAAAAGCAUGGAAGGAGGGCCAGAAUUCGGAGAGCGUUCAUUUAGGGUCCCAGCAAGGGCUCAGGAUGGCUUCCAAGGGUGCCUUGGGUCACUGAUGCUUAACGGUAACGAGCUGCCCCUCCAAAAUAAGAGGAGCCGUUACGCUGAGAUAGCCGGGCUCAGCGAGGUCAAGCUGGGCUGCGUUCUUUAUCCAGAUCCUUGCAUCAGCCAGCCAUGCCUCAAUGGAGCCAUCUGCAGCAGCCUGCCAUUUGGAGGCUUCAUGUGCAGUUGCAGCAGUGGAUUCACUGGGGGGCGCUGUGAAGUUGAACUAACGUCCUGUAUGCCAAACCCUUGCCAGAAUGGUGGAAAAUGCAAGGCUGCUGGCAAUGCAUUCCUCUGCGGCUGUCCGAGAGGCCUCACAGGAUUAGUGUGUGACAUGGAUGUAAAUGAAUGCGAGGAGGAAAUCUGCGGAAACAGAGGAGAGUGUAUUAACACCUUUGGUUCAUUCUAUUGCAACUGCUCAGACGGAUACGAAGAGCAGUUUUGUGAUGAUCAGGGCCCAGAGGGCGACACACAGGCUGAGCCGCUGUCUUAUGUUGGACCAGGGGAAUUAAUAGGCAUCGGAGUGCUUGCCUUUGUCAUCAUUUUCCUCCUCAUACUCUUCGUUGCCUUCAGGAAGAAAAUCAAAUUCCGGAAAGAGUCUGACCCAGGUCAAGGGACUCAGGCUGCUCUGGGCGUCUCCAAUGUUUCCACAGAAGCUAGCUACAUGCUACACAAGACUGGAACGGGGGUUGAGGGAAUUGAGUUCAAAGCUGUGCGUGUGCCUGGCUCACAGGUGACCACGGGCACCUAUGGGGAGGUGGGAGGCUACAGCGGAGGUCCUCCCCAAGUCAUGGUGCGUCCCACUGCCCAUUCCAUCCUCCCAGGGACCGACAGGACCACAUCCAGUGAAAGCAGUCAGAUGAGUAGCUUCCUCUCAGACAUGGCUAAUGUUCGAGGUGUGGCCAACAGAAGAGGCAUUGCCGUGUGUAGCGUUGCGCCCAAUCUCCCCUCGACGUCAGCCCAUCGCCCAGAGCACAGUCCAGCCCACAAAGUGUCAUGGGAGGGCAAAGAAACCAGAGAGAAGGGCCCGGAGAGGCACAGAGACGAGAGAGAGGAGGAGUGGGGGCAGAGGGCAUUUGAGCUUGAGAGGACCCAGAGGGCUACCAGUCCGCAGGAGCUGGUGGAAGAGGAAGUGGCAUGUCUCUCAGAUUCCACCUCUGAAGAGCGCUCCCUUAGUUCCUACACCUCGGAUUCCAUUGAUGACAAUGCAUCCAUAGUCACUGUCAUACGGCUAGUCAAUGAUGCUGUUGAUGAUAUUGAAAGUGAAGUGUCAAACAUGGACAAAGAACAGCAGUGGAACAGCCCGGCAUACCGGUGGGAGACUUCCUUUCAAAGUUUGAGCUGGCUGUCACCGUCGCGGCUGCAACCAACAGAGGUGGGAUCGCGUCUUAACCUUGGUGAUGCCCAGCAGAACAUCAGGCGUGGAGGCAGCACACAUUCCCUGCAGCUUGACUCCACGAUGAUGAGCUGUAGUGAUGACAGAGGCCAGGAGUGGGACCAGGAGAACAGGAGGAGGACCUUCCAGUGGGAGAGAAACCAGUCUGGCGAGUGGGAAAGGAGGAGGCAUGAAGGGGAUGGGAAGAAACCAGAGACGAGAGGCAGGAAUGUGGCAGUGCACCAUAGAGAACAUCUGCAGCUGCAAGGCUGUGACAGUGUCGAAGAAAACUCUUCACCUAUUUACGAGGAGUACAGAGAGGAUAGCCAUGAUCCAGAGCCAAAUGAAGACUCAGAGACUCUUUAUGACACUCUACCCCCAACUCGAAGAGCCUAUGAGGGAUAUCCGUCAAGCCCUCCAGGCCUGAACCUGCACCCGGCUCAACUCCUGCCCCCUUUGAGGGCCUGGGAUUUACAAGAGGAGCAAUGGAGGGGAUCACAGGAGGAUCAGGAAGGACUCAGCCCUGCUGGUCUGACCGGCUCUGGGGAUGAGUUAGAAAGGUUGUUGAACCUGGUGUCCCUCAGAGCUCGGAGAGCCAUACGGACAAAUAGAACCUCCACUGGAUCUGAGCCCACAACAAGCUGGGAAGGGUACAAAUAGGCAAUUGGGCAGACUAUUAAAGAAUAUUUAAAGCAUUUAUUAAUCCUUUAUAAAUAACAGAGAGGCAAUGAUCCCUCACUUUACUUUGCAUUUAUAGUUCAUACAACACCUCUCCAGGGGCAUCUAAAAAUAAUUGUACAAGAUUUUUUUGAAGAACACACAUGCCUCUAUUAUGCUUAUCCUGGUGUAAACAAGCACUAAUCCACCACCAAUCCCCCUGGAUCUCCGAUAAGCUGCAGGAAUCAGAGAAAAAUUCAUGUGUUCUCUUGACGCCUUCACCUGUGCUGCGUGAGAGUCGGCCGCAAUUGGCUGUGAAUCAAAGCUGUUGCAUUUAUUAUUUAGAGCCAGUGAAGCAAUGCAUUCAUAGCCUGUCUGUUUCUCUCUUUUUGUUUUUUGGAUGAUACCGAACUACAGUAUGUCUAUGUGUCAUUGUGUGCUUCUUACAUUGUUUUUCUGUCGAAUCCCACACAUGCAGGCACACGAAGUGACACAAUUACUUUGUGAACACUUUUUUUAUAGCUUUUAUUAUUUUCGCUGGCACAUGCUUGGGAUUUUUUGGAGCGAUCUGUUCACCCACGUCCUGCACACAGCCUGAGAGAUGCUAUUAAGAUUACUGACGCUGAUACUGGAGGGAUAUUUGCUUGAUAAUUCAAUUAUUCUAUGAAUAUUUUCUAAUAACUACUCAUUUUUAAAGCUUAUUUGAAAAACACACAUCAUGGAAAUAGUUCAUCAUGUAUUUUGAAUUUCUACCAAUAAUUUUGUUCUGCUGUCUUUCCUUGCUUUGCAUCAAUGUUUGAAAAUGUAUGCUCUCUUUC